AUGUUCUGUUCUGACAGCGGAUCUCAAGCCUGCGGUUGUUCAUUCCACACCAGACAACCGAACAACUUGUAUGUUGUAUCCACGUUCGGUCUUUGUACCGGACUGCUUAGACAACGAGAAUUUCCUACUGAAGGUUUUCUAAAUUCUGAAAAAAUUAACCUUGUUGUUGACGCAGUUCUGAAUGGAAUCGCUAUCGACAGUGGAAUGCGUGUUAGUUAUGGCGGGAAAACCUUCCAUUCAAAUGAUGAAUUGCAAAAAAUGCAAACAAGAAUCGCCGAGCCGGAGCACAAAAUGCGUGAACUUGAAAAGAGUAAUGAAUAUCUAAAUUCAUUUCUGCCAUCCUCUCCUCCUAUAGCAACCUCUUCUCCAUCUUGUUCGUCAAAAUAUUGUAGCAUCGACAGUCUCAACACCAGCACCAGCAGCACAAGCAACAACACUAGCUGCAGCAGCAACUGCAACAGCAGUAUUAGCAACGCCAGUGUUAUCGAGGAAACGUUAAACGGCUUCUUAGGUCCAACCUUAAAAAAGAGGAAAGUUGUGACUGAAUGCAGGAAAACGAGCGCUUUUGUAGAU